CAUCCAUACUCAUCAUCCUCAUCUACUUUCCAUUAGACAUACACAGCAAAGGUAAGCUUCUAACUCUCCAAAGCACAAUAUUAGAAAGUUGCACAACCUCAUAUGAUCGAAAGAUCAAUAGGUAUUGAAUCCAUGGAACUAUUCUAGUACUUAUUCAGCCCCCUGUUUCAUUAUGUUACAUGCUUGAUGUACGUGUUGCUGAUGACAUUCGCCAACAUAGGUUAAUCAACUCCGAACCCCGCACCUUCCAAAUACAGCAUCUAACAGAGCAUCUACGAAACAGAUAAAUACUCUUUUAUCUCUUCAUCCUACAAUCAAUAAACACAUUUCAAACUACAGACCAGUUAAAUAAUAAUUCAAAAUGGUACUACUCACUCGUUCCCUUCAUCGUUUGGCAUCAAGACCGUCUCCUUGUGCCCGUUCAAUCUUCACAGCUUCUGCUUUUGCGAGACCAACACCCACAUUGACGACGCGAUCAACUGCUUUUCGCUCGCAGAAGCUCAACCAUACUUUUAAAAAUAUCAGAAUGCUAACGGGUGAUAAACGUGAAAAGGUUAAGGUACUCCUUGUCUUGUACGACGGAAAGAAGCACGCGGAAGAGGUAUGUUUCAUUUACUUUACCCCUCAGCUCAAUGGCGGGUAGUUUAUCAACUACACUCCAUUGAGCAUCUGCACUAAGAACAAUUGACUAACAAAGUUACAAUUAGGUCCCAGAGCUUCUUGGCACAACUGAGAACGAGCUCGGUAUCCGCAAAUGGCUUGAGGAUCAAGGACAUGAGCUCAUCACCACCUCCGACAAGGAGGGAGAAGAUUCCGAGUUCGACAAGCACUUGGUAGAUGCAGAGAUUAUCAUUACUACCCCGUAUGCUACUCAUAAUUCUCUAUACAAAUCUGCAGAAGCUAACAAUGGUUCCUCAGUUUCCACCCAGGUUACCUCACUGCCGAACGUCUUGCAAAGGCCAAGAACCUCAAGAUUGCGAUCACAGCCGGUAUUGGAUCGGAUCACGUCGAUCUCAAUGCUGCCAACAAGACCAACGGUGGUAUCACCGUUGCCGAAGUAACCGGAUCCAAUGUCGUAUCUGUCGCCGAGCACGUAGUCAUGACCAUCUUGGUUCUCGUUCGCAACUUUGUCCCCGCACAUGAACAAAUCCAAGCUGGAGAAUGGGAUGUUGCCGCUGCUGCCAAGAACGAGUUCGACCUUGAGGGUAAGGUCGUUGGUACUGUUGCUGUUGGAAGAAUUGGUGAGCGUGUCUUGAGAAGAUUGAAGCCUUUCGACUGCAAGGAGUUGUUGUACUUCGACUACCAACCUCUUAAGCCAGAGAUUGAGAAGGAGAUUGGAUGUAGACGUGUUACUGAUUUGGAGGAGAUGUUGGCUCAGUGUGAUGUUGUUACUAUCAACUGCCCUCUCCACGAGAAGACCCGUGGUCUUUUCAACAAGGAGUUGAUUUCCAAGAUGAAGAAGGGUAUGUUUUCCUACUUUUCAUUCUACUUGUGUGAACAAAUAAUUAACAUUCCUCUUAGGAUCCUGGUUGGUCAACACCGCCCGUGGAGCCAUCGUCGUCAAGGAAGAUGUUGCUGAUGCCCUCAAAUCCGGCCACCUCCGCGGUUAUGGAGGAGACGUCUGGUUCCCACAACCAGCACCAAAAGACCACCCACUCCGCUACGCAAAGAACCCCUUCGGUGGUGGAAACGCCAUGGUUCCCCACAUGUCGGGUACCUCCUUGGAUGCUCAAAAGAGAUAUGCCGAUGGUACCAAGGCUAUUCUCCAGAGCUACUUGUCCGGUAAACAUGAUUACCGACCUGAGGAUUUGAUUGUUAUCGGUGGUGAUUAUGCUACUAAGGCUUAUGGUGAGAGAGCGAAGUCCAGUGGUACUGCUGGUGCCAAUAAGGCAUAGGUAUGAGAUCGGUUGUAGUAUUAAUGGGAUGGAUGGGAAUGGAAAGGGAUUUUGGUAUGCGGCUGGCUUUGAUGAUUCGGCUGCUGCUAUGCUAUACGAUAUAAUAUGAAAUACAAAAUGAAACAAGUUUAAAUAAAUUACUCUAAUGUAUUGAUUCCUUUUGCUUUUGCGUGGUGAUCUUCAUUGGUGAAAUAGGAUGGAUAUAAGCUUAGUUUGAGAGUUGCU